CACGCGCUCCAUGGUAACAACGCUGGGUAGCAUUUAAAGAUGGCAGCCGAAGCAGGCGGCGGCGGCCCGGGCGGGCGGCGCCCGAGUGGACCUCUGUGGACCUUGCUGCUCUUUCUGACCGGUCUUCGGCCGAGCAUCGCCGCCUCCUCUUCGGUUUCCCUGAGCGGUGGCUCCCAUUGCCAGCACCGCGUCCCCUCUGCCGAUGAGGUCAUAUAUAAGGUUCAUCUGAAAACAAAUCAUGUCCUGAAGAGAGAUGUUGAUCAGCAUUUAAGAAUCAAGAUUGUUAAUGAUAAAAGUAUUGAAGAGUUGCUUCCUGAGAAAAAGCACCUUAUAAAGAAUAAACUUUUCCCACAAGCUAUUUCAUAUUUGGAGAAGACAUUUCAAGUCCGUAGACGUUCUGGCCCCAUCUUGCUUAGCAGACAAUGCUCAACAAACCAGUAUAUCAGAAAAAGAAACGACCCUCACAGAUACUGUAAAGAUUCCUGUGCAGAGCAUACCAAAUGUGGCCCCAUCCGAGUGCCUGAGGAGCAUCUUCAGCCAUGUUGGGUUUGUCGUGAACCCAAAAGUAUGUGUGGAUCAUUGGGAUUGCCUGGCAGUGAUGGUAUUAAGGAUGCAGAUUUUGUGCUGUAUGUCAGUGCUCUAACCACUGAAAGGUGCAGCCAAGAGAAUAUCAUCGCUUAUGCAGCCUAUUGCCAGCAAGAAGCAGAGAUGGACAGGCCCGUAGCAGGAUAUGCUAACCUGUGUCCAAAUAUGAUUUCUACUCAACCUCAGGAAUUUAUCGGGAUGUUGUCAACAGUGAAACAUGAGAUUAUUCAUGCCUUGGGUUUCUCUGCUGGACUUUUUGCAUUCUACCAUGAUAAUGAUGGAAAACCUCUGACUUCAAGAUAUGCAAGUGGUUUACCACCUUUUAAUAGCAGUCUUGGAUUGUAUCAAUGGAGUGAUAAGGUGGUUCGAAAAAUGGAGAGGCUUUGGGAUGUUCAAGGUAGUAAGAUGAUACCUCACAGUGUGUUUCUUCUCGUAACACCUCGUGUUGUUGAUGAAGCUCGGAAACAUUUUAACUGUCCGAUUCUAGAAGGGAUGGAACUUGAAAAUCAAGGUGGCCUAGGCACUGAACUGAACCACUGGGAAAAACGGUUAUUAGAGAAUGAAGCAAUGACCGGCUCUCACACACAGAACCGAGUCCUCUCUCGAAUAACCUUAGCAUUAAUGGAGGAUACAGGAUGGUAUAAAGCUAAUUAUAGCAUGGCGGAGACCUUAGACUGGGGCCGUGGUAAGGGGUGCGACUUUGUCAUGAAGAGUUGUAAAUUCUGGAUUGAUCAACAAAGACAAAAGAGACAGGUGCUAACCCCGUAUUGUGACACACUAAGAAGUAACCCACUGCAGCUAACCUGCAGGCAAGACCGGAGGGCAGUGGCUGUGUGUAACCUGCAGAAGUUCUCCAAGCCCUUGCCUCAGGAAUAUCAGUACUUUGAUGACCUCCAUGGAAUACCUGUUGAAGAGUUGCCUUAUUAUGGUGGCUCUGUGGAAAUUGCUGACUACUGUCCUUUCAAUCAAGAAUUCAAUUGGCAUAUAAGUGGUGAAUUUCAACGCAGUUCAGAUUGUAGAAUAUUGGAAAAUCAACCAGAACCUUACAAAAACUUUGGUGCUGAAAAAUAUGGGCCUCAUUCAAUAUGUCUAAUCCAGAAAUCUGCAUUUGUCAUGGAAAAGUGUGAAAAGAAGCUCAGUUAUCCUGACUGGGGGAGUGGAUGUUAUCAGGUUUCCUGUUCUCCCCAAGGCUUGAAGGUUUGGGUCCAGAAUACCACAUAUUUGUGUAGCCGGGCAGGGCAAGUCCUGACUGUAAGCACCCAGAUAAAUGGCUGGAUCCAUGAUGGGGACCUUCUCUGCCCAGCAUGUUGGGACUUCUGUGAACUCUGCCCUCCAGAAACAGAUCCUCCAAUUUCGAACUUCACGAGGGCUUUACCACUAGAUCUCUGCUCCUGCUCCUCCAGCCUGGUUGUCACGCUCUGGCUGCUGCUGGCUAACCUGUUUCCUCUCCUGGCCGGGUUCCUCCUGUGCGCUUUGCACUAGCGGUCAGAAGAUGGAUCCCAGAACCUCUUUCACGUUGUGUUCCUCUUGGCGCAGAACACACAACCUAGACAGGGGCCCGCCUUGUGAAAGAGACUGAAGAGGCAGUAGUGACUUGAGUUUGGGAACCGCUGUUGAUCACAGCCAGAGCUUGGAGCAAUCUGUCCGCCCCCCAGCUGUGCCAGUCACAUUCGGAGAAGGAGAGCGAUCAUAAGAGUUGCCAAGUCCAUGUGUGUUGUCGGACCUGUAGUCAACCCCCGCCCUGGAUGUUUUCUUGAAUCCCUUUGAAAGUGGCCUUGGGGUGCCUCAUCAAUCAUCAGUGUUUGCUCUCGGAAAUCACGGACAAGAUCGGCUGCUGGUGGCCCGGGAGGUCUACAGUGUCCCCAAUUCUCUUGAGCCCUGUGGGGCUUUUCAAUGUUGUGAGCUCUCCUUUGACGUGUGGCUCUUUUGAGUUUCAUGCCGUUCACUGGACCUUCGUGUGCGUUGUUGUGCUGAACGUUUGUUCCGUGGAUGGCUUUCUUCAAGCGGUUUUGUUCUGUCACUUCAGUCUGCCUACCGUUUUCAGACCAGUAGGUGAACUGAAGAAUGGUGUUUCUGUGGCAUGCCUGAGCGCAGCUUCUGCUCAGUGGUUUUGGGACAGCCUUCUCCAGGGCCAUCUUCUCGUAUUAACCUUUGGAAUCUAGUGUUCCGCCACCAUCUCUUUGUGUUCUUCAUUAGCUCCUUGUUUAGUGACUUCUGGGAGAAGAAUUGUGAAGGGUCCAGAACUACCCAGAUAACGACUUGGUCUGAGCACCAAGAACGUGAGAAUAGAAGGGAAGAGAAGGCCUGCUGCCUCCUCAGGCCUCACAAUAACAGGAGGCCAGCCAGGGUUAGAGAGUCCUGGUGUGGACCGGCCAGGGGCAGGAAAGAGGUGCCGGGGUGGCCACAGAAAGCCCUGCACAGAAAGGGGCUGGGGUAGAAAAUAGGUAUCAGGAUUCUCUCCUCAGUAUCCCGCCUCCAUGGCUUUUUUGAGAAGUAGGGAGGCUCCGUUAGUAUUCAUAUAAAGGUUCAUGCCUGAGCUUCAGAAUCUCCUGUUCCAUCAGGAGAGGACAAUUUCUGCAUCACAGCCCCAAAUCUGGGUGCUGGCACAAUCCAGUUCACUCCAGUAUGCUGAUGAUGUGCAAGGCCUUGGGAAUACAAAGGCAACACCUGACCAACAGCCCUUCCUCUCUGAGGAGUGUGUGCGGCCUUCAGGUUGGGUGGGGACAGGGAGAGUUUGACCAAAUCUUAAUUACAGUACAAGUCAGGGGGACAUGAGGGCAAAGAAGACAUCCAGACAUGCUCAUGAAUUAUUUAUUUGUGCUUCUAUAUUAAAGCCUAGAAAUAACUGAUGCCCGGCCUAAAGAGAGUCCAUUUCCUUACUCUACUGAAAGGAAAGCCAAUUUGUGCACCAGGUGGGAAAGGGGACCACAUAUACCUCUGGACGCCAGACCCCUUGAAACUGUGCCAUUUCCCUUAUUCUCUGAAAGGCUGUAGCCCAGAAUGGCUGGGGGUGGCCCCUCUGUCCUUAUUCCUUUCCAGGAAGUUCUCAGUCUCAGUGCUGAAUUUCCCAGCAGCCUUGAUACAGAUUUGGAAUGAAAAUGAACCCCUUUUUGCUAGGAACACAUCACAGCCUGUUCUUGGACAGAGGUUGGAGUCCCUGAUGUAGAUGACACUGGGCUGAGCAGAAGAGUAGAGGGGUGAUGGUUAGGAAGCACACAGACUUAGUUUUUAGUCUACCCAGUAUGUCCAUAGACUUCAGGGAGGUCAGGAUCCAAGGAAAACUUAUCUAUUUUUAAAAAGAAAGACCUGAAGUCAGUUACCUGUAGUGAUUCAUGAAUCACUUGAACUGGACAACACAAUUUUGCCAAAAUUUUAUAGUUCAAAAUAUAUUUACAAGGGUAGGUGUUAUCUUCUGACUGUUGUACAGUAAUAGACUUGGAAGCAUUGUUUCAGAGCAUGGUGCUUUUAUACUUGAAAGAUAUCUUAAUUUAUUUUUCUUAAUAUAAUUCUAUUUGCACUAACUACUUUCUUGAUAAUAUGGCUGACAUUUUUACUUCUGUGUAUAUUUAUUACAUUUGCAAUCUGGUAAGCCAGUCUUGUGUCUGCACAAACAUCAACCUUGAUAAGCUUGGGGUUGAGCAUCUCGACUUGCAUAAGUAAUGAAUUGUGUUGAUGUCUUCCUCCCUGUCAGACAAGUUUGAAAAGUGGUUGUGGCUUAACUUUGCAUUGUUUUCUCCUAGUUGUACGUGGUGUUUCAAUUGUCUUUAGAGGAUUAACUAACCCUAUGUAGCUUUUCCAGGGAGGCUUUAAGAAGCGUUUCUUGAUCAGCUGGAGUGUAGCAAUGGAAUAAAGAAUGGCUUUAAUGACCUGAUUUUUCAGUUCAGGUUUUGUGAGAAUGUUUUCCUUUUGGGGGCUCGGAAUUCUGCAAGCUAGAAAACUUGCAAAUUGUAAAUGGCGCUGCUCCUAUGGAAAAGACCAAAAAACCAAAAGUUGAUAAGGAAAUGGUAGGUAGGAUGAGAAGGCUGCUGCCAUGAUGAAAGGGAGAUGGGGACAGAGGAGAAGAGUGGAGGGUGGCCGAUGAUGAGUUGAGCCACUUUCUGACUCAGGAAGGGAAAUGUCCUUGUAAAACUGACUACCUCCAUUUUCCAUUCAGUGGUAGAUUCAUUUUACUCGUGUUAACUUCUAAAUCAUUAAACAUAUGAAGUAAAAGAUGUCUCAGGUUUUAAAGAACAGAAUUCAUGGGAAAUAAAAGCCAUUUCAGCAAACAACUUGAGUUGACUGUUUUGGAGAAACAAAAAGGUGUAGAUAGAAUCUUCCGCUAAAAGGGACUUUAAAGAUCAUCUAGGCCAACCCCCUUCCCGGUGCAGGAGCCCCACUAUUAAAUUCCUUUUAAGUAUUCAUUCCACUGUUAUGUGAAUAUUUUCAGUGACAGAGAAUUCACUACCUCAUAAGGCAACUCAUUCCAUUUUCUGAAUAGAUUUUAGAUAGACAAUUUUAAUAUAAUUUCCUCCACUUCCCAGAAAAUUUUAACAUAAUUCCCUCUGCUGCCCACAUAGAAUUAUCCAUGUGUCCUCUUCCUCUCUUUUUUUAGUCACCACGAUAUACCUUCUGGGAUGCACUCUUUCAGCUUACACAUCAAGUAUCAUUUUUGUCCACUUUUAGAAUUCACAAGAUUAAUGCUUAACUGGGCUUCUUUGCUUAAAGUUGUAACAAAGGAAUUUCCGUUCCUUUCCAAAAUAGUUUUAGAGAGAAACAAAAUAAGGUUCACUUGGAUAUUUCACAAUUGGAAUCUUAAAUAUUAAACUUAAGGAGCACUGAUAAAAGAAAAAAAUUAGUUGGUCCUGUGACCUGGAAUGAAUCAUCUAUAUUCUUUUUAGAACUCAGUCUCCUCAUCUGUAAAAUGGCCUCACCUGCUGACUUUGGAGCAUCCAUCCCAUUUUUGGAAUAGACCCAAUUCACAUGCUGUGUUUGAUAAAGCUUGGUGUUGCUUUUAUAGAGCUAGCCUUUCGACCAGGAUGUUCUUAGAAAUGGAAUGGGAAGAAGGAAGAUUCUUGAUCUCUGUUAACAACUGAGCUGGAAUAGACCCCGAAGACACACUUCCUGCAGUGGUCCUGCCUGCCCCGUUGCUUAAAAUGCACUAGCCUUUAGUACCAAUACCUCUUUGACAAUGAAGAAAAAUGUCAGCAUUUUAAUGAAAAACAUUCUACAGAAAAAGGAUUGUUCUGAAGAGGGAACAAACUUAACCUUCAUAAGAUUGUUUGCUUUUUUUGGUGUAAAUUAUAUUUGGGGUAAAUUAAGUCACUUUUGCAUUUUUAAAACAAAAUCAGAGAUUUAAGGGCUAACUUUUUAUUUAUGGGGAUCUGUAAAUUUAAAUUUUUCCUGGGUAAAAUAUUUCUGUAACAUUGACAUAAUAAAAACAAAUUAGAAAGUAACUUGCAUCUUGUAUUUCCUAAGCAUCAACAUUUGUUUUAAAAUCUGGAAAAGGAAUACAAAUGCAAGAAUGAAUUCAGAAGAACAGGUAGUUCCCUUAUUCUGGGACAGGAGUCUGCAAUUCUAUUUUGAGCCUAGCCGAGAGCCCAGUUCUCUAGCCUAUGGCACAAAGAAUUUCGUAGAGAAUUGCAGUGAGGAAGCUACCCUCAAAUAGGCAGGGGAGGGAGUGAGCAAAAGGAAGCAGGAAUAGAGUAGGACUGGCUGAAACUAUCCCAGGCUCAUUUCACGACCUAGGCAUGAGAAUGGACACUCGGGAACCAGCACCGGUAGCCGGCUUACCGACACUAGCAUAUGGUAUAGGAAUGGUAUAGAACUGCUUUUCAGGGCAUCAGCACCAGAUGAAACUGAUGGGCGCUGGCUCCAGGGACUGAUUUUUUCCCUUAUUGCAAGAGUAUAUAGGGAAGGAGAUCUAGGACACUUCUCCAUUUCUCUUAGGGCACCUUUUCCUUACCACCGAGAAGAGAGAAUGGAACCAGAAGUACUUGGUGUGCACUUUACAAGGAUGUUUUUCAGCCUUUGAUUUUGAAAGUCAGUUCCGUUGGCAAAAUUGACAGAAAUUCCCAAUGCAAUGCUCUUUGAUCAGAAGUCUGGUAUUUUAUUUUAAAAUUUCUCAUGUCAACGUCAAAGCAACAAAAUGUUCACUUACACAACUGAAGGAAUCUAAUGAUUAUUAAACCACAAAGGUAGUAUUUUGUUGUACAAGUGUGUUCACGCUGCCCUGAAGGUUUUUGUAGACUAUAUCGCUUUAAAAUUGUUUGUUCUUGUGUAACUAUUUCAUUUUCCUGUUGAUAAAAUUUAAGAAAGCCUUCCAGUGUUCUAAAGAGAGAGAACAUAUUUGGGAUGUAAUAUAUUGCUGGAAUCCAGUAUAGUGUUGAAUUACUUGGAUUAUGAGCAGUAUCUUUCUCUUCCUGGGCUAGGCAGAAUUUUACAGCUAAGCAGCACGAGGACAUCCUCUUUUAAAGGCGAGCAGGCCUCAGACACUUCCUAGUUGUGUGACCCUGGACAAGUCACUUAGUUUCAAUUGCCUAGCCCUUGCAGUUCUUCUGUCUUAACUAAGACAGAUGGUAAAGGUUAUUUUUUUUUUUAAGCGAGCCUAGGGUUUUUCUUUAAAUAUUUAGUCCCAUUUAAACUGGUUUUAAUAUAUUGCUAAACCUAAACAGCAAAAAUCAGACCUGCACAGAGCUUGGUAUUGGAACUAGCCAAAUCCCAAGAGUAUUUAAGGGAAACUAGACAGACAACAAAUAGAUGUGAACUGGAACAAAGCUGCUGACACUUCCAUGGCUGUUGAUUCUCAUGAACAACAAUGAUGGCAAUCGAGUGAACUUCAACAGGUUUACUGGAAUUUGAUAUCCAAUCAAUUUUCUUUUUAUAGUCCCAUACUGAUUCCUUUAAAAGAAAAAAAAUCACCUGUAUAUUGUACUUUUAGCAGUGUCUAGCAUAGUGCUUUAAGGCUAUUAUAGCUAUUUAAUAAAUUUGCUUGGAUUUGUUGAGUGAUUGGCUAAUUAGUUGUAUGAAUUCCUUAACCAGUUUUAAGAUAACUACAAAAUGAGAAGCAUCAUGAUAUGGCCUUAGACCUGAAAUUUCCAUCCUUCUCUAUUUUCAGAUCUUAGUAUUUCCCGGUAUUUUAGCUCCAUUUAAAGAAAAACAAAACAAAACAUUUAAGUUGUUCUAACAGAAGGUUGGAAGAAAAUUUUAGAUCAUGUAAGCAUCUUAAUUAUCUAUAAUUUCAGCCAUAGUAUUAAAAGAGUUGAUUGAUGUAAUGUCUUUUAAAAUUAAAUUAAAUGAUAUAUAGUUAUAUAUCAACAAGUCAUGUACUGAAGAUCUAUUACUCUAGGUGGAGUAGUGCACAGACUGCUGGGCCUGGGGUCAGGGAGACCUAAACUCAAAUCUCAGAUACUUAGUGACUGAGUGUCUCUGGGCAAUCUGUUGGUCUCAGUUUCCUCAUCUGUUCCAUGGGGAUGAUAAUAGCACUUGCCUCCCAGGGUUGUGAGGAGCAUCAAAUCAGAUAAUACUUUGUUUUUUACCUUACCUUCUGUCUUAGAAUCAAAACCAAGUAUCAGUUCCAAGACAGAAGAGGUAAGAGGUAGGCAAACGGGAUUAAGUGACUUACCCAGGGUCACCCAGCUGAGAAGUUUCUCAGAUCAAAUUUGAACCCAGGACCUCCUGUUACCAAGCCUGGCACUCUAGCCACUGAGCUACCUAGCCACCGAGGUGCCCCAAGUCAGAUAUUUGCAAUGCACUUGGUAUACAUGCCUGGCCCACAGUAGGCACUAUAUAAAUAUUAUUAUUGGUCAUGAUGGCGAAGAAUUAUAACCAAAUGUUUUUGAGUCUAGAGGAAGUGAUACAAAAUUCUAAUUUCGUGUAGCUGAUUUUGAAGCCAGAAAUUUGCUGGGAGGCAAAUAUUUGAAAUGCUGCAUUUAUAAAGAUUUGACAACUAAAUUGUAAUUUUGUUGGCAAAUAGACUAAUAACGUAAUAUCUUGCUGGUUGUAACCUCACAGGAUCUCUUCACACAAAAAGGAGAAGUGAUCAGUUAAACAGUCAAUCAGCAAGCAUUCAUUGAGCAUUUACUGUGUGCCAGGCACUGUGCUAAGAACAGGAGUUUCCUUAAUCGCGUCUCAACUCUCUCUUGACUGCAAAAUCCAAAAAUCAAUGAUGCCUUUUUUUCUGUGUGUGUUUUGGAUUCUUCAUACAGAGCACGAAUCACCUGGAAUUUGUUUUCUCAACUCCAUUUUUACCUAAAUUUCUAAAGAAAUCUCCACAUCUGAGCUAUCAGAAAGUAAACAUAUUUGACAGAAAUGGGUUAAAGUUAUGCUAUCUGCAAGAUGUCUUCUCAUGAUAUGCCCUUGACGUACAUUCUUCAAUUGUGUUUUCUAAACACCCUCUGUCUUAGAAUGACUACUAAGGAUGGGUUCCAAAGCAGAAGAGCAGGAAGGGGGGGACAGUUAGGGUUAAAUGAUGCGCCCAGGGUUGCACAGCUCAAAGAAAGUGUCAGGCUGGAUUUGAACACAGUUCUCUAGGAUUGGCUUUCUGCCCCUUGAGCCAUCUAUCUGCCCCAAGAUUGUUGAUUAACCGGGCCCCGUCAUCGUUAUGCAGUAAUAGAGGGUUUCCUCCGAUUCGUGCCAUCGUAAGCAAUUUGCUCAUGGUUAUACUUGUGCUGUCAGAUGAAGCACUUCCACGUUCUUCAUGUUGUGGAAGAUGCGUUAAAAAAAAAAGAGCCAUGAAGAAAAGGUGGACAAUGGUCUGCUUUCAUCUGCCCUCCGACUCCAUCGCUCUUUCCUUGGAGGGAGACAGCGUUUUCCUUGCAAGCCCUCUGGAAUUGUCUUGGAUCACUAUUGCUGAGAGGAGCUCAGGCUGUCACAGUCGAUUGUUCCACAAUGCUGCCAUUACUGUGGACAAUGUGCUGCUGGUUCUGCUUAUUUCACUGCAUCGGUUCAUGUCGAUCUUUCCAGCUGUUUCUGAAAUCAUUCCUUUUAGCACAAUAGCUUUUCUUCACCAUCGUAUACCACAAUUUGUUCAGCCAUUCCCCAAUUGAUGUCAUCCCUUCAAUUUCCAAUUAUUUGUCACCACAAAAAGUGCAGCUAUAAAUAUUUUUGUACAAAUGGGUCCUUUCCCCCUUUUUAUGAUCUCUGUGGGGUUCAGACCCUGAAGAAAUUUUUAAUUGAACUUAUAAACACCAAAUUAAAUGAGCACUUUCCUGUACAAAGAAGUACAUGAGGAUUAUACGUGAAAACAUUGCUUAUCUAUAGUGUUUUUUCCUUAUAAUAAAUUCAACAUGUUACUUUCAAA